CACUCAACGCAAUGAACUGUCAACGAUUUGCGCCUUUUCUAUUCCGUCGUGACAGAUCAAAUAAACAAAGCACUGAAUACUGUUCCAAACACACGAAAUUCACCGAAAUUGUGAAAUUGUGCGUGUGUCAACGCAAUUUUUUCAAAUAAUUUGUGUUCUAAUAAUCAACCUGAAAUAGUUCAUGCAAUUUGCAUAUGGUUUACAACCAUCAGAAUGGCUGAAAAAUCGACAGAAUCAAAACGGUCGAAGAAAUCAACGCUUGUAUUCGAGCCGGCCGACUUUCGCCGUCUUUUCAAAUACCUUCCAUUGAAUGUGUUUCGGGAAGUUACAAAUAUUGAGCAGUUAAUCACAGCCGAAUAUAAGAAAAAACACGACAACAAACUGCCACCAGUUAUUCACAUCAACAAAACCGCAGAGAAACAUCACAAGCACAUGUCCACGCUGGAUGAUUGGAAGGGGACGAUACUCGAACAGCUCGAUUUCAAUUGGCCAAGUAAACCUAAAACGCAUGCGUCAAUUUGGUCUUUGAAAAAGAACGAACAAGAAAAAGUUCAUGAUGAUGCCACUGACCACCAGAAACAGUUCAUUUACCUGCCACUGCAUGUGUUUGUCGAAAACACAAAUGCUAAAAAGCUGAUGCACAAAGAGGCAGUGAAAGCUAAGCAAGAUUUGGAUCUAGUGAACAAGUACGUUCAAGGACUACACCCUCACCUUCAUGUGGUUACCGGUUGGCGUCCAUUUAUGAAGAAACUCAAGUUCAACGAAAACCAAACCAACGAUACCGAAGCAACUGGAAAAGACAAUCCAACGGAAUCGGUCGAAAAAAGCGACAAAUCGAAAGGAUCAGAACCAGUUCCGAGCACAUCGAAGCAAGCGGAUCAGGUUGCGACCAAAUCGAAGCAGGCAAAUGUUACCAAGAGGUCAAACAGUGUUAAUCCGAUUCCAAGCACAUCGAAGCAGGCUGGUCCAACUACCAGUACGCUUGAGACGGCAGAAAUCGAGAAAAGUCCACAGAAAACCGCUCAAAAAAAGAAAAACACAAAUGGAAAUCAGGCGCGCAUCACUCGAUAUAUGAGAAGAAGCCCGGUAUCCACAAGCAAUUCAAAACAAGCGGAUCAGGUUGCGACCAAAUCGAAGCAAGCAAACAUUGACAAGAGUUUGAAGAGCGCUAAUCCGAUUCCAAGCACAUCGAAGCAGGCUGAUUCAACUACCACUACGCCGAAGACGGUGGAAAUCGUGAGAAGUCCACAGAAAACAGCUCAAAACAAGGAAAACGCUGAUAACAACCAGACGCCCACCACUCGGAAUUUGAGAAAACGCCAGAGCGACUCGAAUCAUGCAGAUGGUAAGCGUUCCCCAAAACGAAAUGAAAGUGCCUCUUCUCCAGACACAAAUGCGUCGGGCAAGAGAAAGAUGGUUCAAAGCGUACGUCCCAACUGGAUGCAAUCCAUCAGCCCAAUGCAGAAGGCCAGCGAAGACGCAGGUCAAUCAAGGCUCGCAAAGCGGCCAAGAACACAGCUUUUUGGGGCUAUUGUACGGAAGCAAACGAAUGAACUGCCAACGGAAAACAUAAAUAUGGUUUCAAAGUCGAAAGAAGUGGUCAGCGCAGUGGUACAUGCUGAAAACGAUGAAAAUGAUUAUAACGUUGAACGUCCAACCGAAGAGGCCGCGUCAAUUUCUGGCGAAUUGACAAAUGCGCAAAAAAACCAGACAAGCUUAGAAGCGAUUGACGAAAUCAUACCGACAAGUGGGUCAACACAAACAUCAUCGGAAUCACGAUUGAUCAAGCAAAAACCGAGAGAGUUAAAUGCCGAAGAUCGAGAAAGAGAACAACUUAUGAUCCAGCCAAGUGAUUUUCAACGUGCGAUUCAAGCGAUGAGCUACGAUGAAUUUUUGACCAGAACAAACAUCAAAGAGAUCAUUAAAAAUGCCCAUUUUCAAGGAGUGAACGAUAUUCCAGAAGAAGACAUGGACAUCAAACUCAAGUAUUACUUUGAUUUUCGAAUGCAAACAAGCAAUUGGCUGCGCAAUGCGAUCAGAAAUUUGAAGUACAUCGAAUGCAAGUGCACGGGAAUUCCCGAUGAACUACGUCUCAAUGAACAACAACCGACGAAUAGCUUGAAUGCCAAUCAGUCUAGAUUACCUAGAACCAGCUCAAGCAGCAGCUUAAGUCGUCGGAAUGAUAACAAUGAACCGAGUGAGUUUCAAAAAGAAGUCAUCGCAAUGGAUUUUGAUGCAUUUGUUCGUGAAACAAACAUUGCGCAACUAGUUGAACAAGAUUUCGACGAACAGUUCGAAGGAAAGAAAGAAUUCACGUCAGCCCAUCUCGAAUUUGGUUUGAAGAAAUACGAUGAAUUGAGGAAGGUUCACCGUAAAUGGCAUGUAAAUUCACUGAAAAAUCUCAAGUUCAAAGUAUGCGAUUGUCGACGAAAUAAGACAUUUGUGGACAAAUCGAUCCAAACCGUCGAUCAACCAAAAGUUCAAGAUGCGGCUGUUCAAUACGACGAUGAAUUUCGUGAAAUCGAAGAAGUCCAAGCACUGAAAUCAAGACUGGCUUCGUUAGCAAUUCACCAACCUACCGAACCUGAAAUUGUUCAUGCUCAAAAUGAGAUAGAGUCAAGUGACUCGAGUGAAGUUUCCAGCUCACAAGACGCUUCGAUGGAUAAUGAUCGAAGCAUGCAAGGCGAUGGAACACAGUCGACGUCCUCUGGAAAUGUGACUGCAUCCGGCCAAGAGGCAGCGCCACAAUCUCAACAGAUCAUGUCCGUUGAGCAAGUUAAAAUGUCAGAGCUCAUGUUGCGCAGUCCCGUACAACAAACAGAGCAAUUGAAUCCAAUUGAAGUAGAAAAUAUCAGUGAUGAAGAUCCGAUUCUUUCUUCGACUCGCGUUGUGUCAAAUGAAGUCGAAGUCGAAGAAGAACAAGAAACCGUCUACGCAUCUCAAUCAGUUGGUAAUUCACAAUUUCGUAUCACUCCAAUCAGUCAACUUCAAAACACAAACGUGAUGGUAAAAGUAGAAGAGCUGUCAUAUCACUUGGGAGAUGAUUCGGAUGUCGAAUAUGUGUAUGUGCCAGAACAAAUCAUUGAAAUUUCAGACCUUCUUAGCACUCAAGAACAAUUCAUACAAAUUGAUGGAUACGAUGAAAUGAGACAAAGCUCAAAUGAACGCCAUUCGUUAGUUAUAGUGCAUACGCAAACAGAAAAUCUGCAGCGCGCCAGUGAACAGGACGACGAACAGGCCAACGAACAGGCUAACGAGGUCAAAGAUGAAAUUGAUGAAUUAGCCCUUGGCGAUGCUAAUGGAGCAGCCGUUGAAGAUGCUAAUGCAGAGGCUAAUGCCGAAGCCACACAACAGAUUAGUGGCAAGUCAAUUGAAGAGGACAGACAAGAGCUAAUCCGAAUACUGGAAGAUCCGCCAACGAUUGAAGAUAGUGAUGAAUCGAUUCACAUUUCACAAAUUGGAAAUGCAGAUUUUCAAGUGCCAAGAAAUGAUGCGCCACCGCGAGCGUUUGCAUCUAAACGCCUACAACAAGCGCCAGCACAGACUGGUGCAGUCACCAAGAAGCGUAGAACGUCCAAAGAAGAAGAUCCACUCAAAAACAUUCCAGUGCCAAAGUACAAUUAUCGACCAUUAGAUUUCCAUGUGCGUGAUCGCUCAGAAGCGACACAAAAUCAAGCAACAAACAAUCGACCAGCACAAAUCGAAGAAUCGCAAUCAUCGCCAGACACUUCCAGAAACUAUACGAUCGAUGAAAGCAGUUCAACCGAUGAGACCAUCAAUGACGGUAUGACUACUGAUUCUUGUGUCGAAAGAGCAAAUUUAUUAAAUGAAGACAAUACUUUAUUUCUUGACAUAAACACACAACCUGUGAUGAACAGUGACGUUGUCUCGUCAAGCCAAAUAAAUCAAACGACAAUUACAAGUGCGAGCAUGGUUCAACCUGAGCAAGCAGCGUCGUUAUCCAUCCCAGGACCAUCUAGAUUAAGUUUAUUCCACGAUCAAACCGAAUUUUUGCAUUACAUUGAUAUUCAAAGUGUCUUAUCGAGUUUCAAGAAUGUGAUAUUACCGAAUGGUGAGCGCAGCAACCAAUUGAACAUCGAAACAACACUCAAGCAUCAGUGCAACGGCGGUAAUCGUAUCGUUGUCAAUGGAAAUGCCAUUAAACUCAUCAUGAAAAUGAAUGACAAAGAAUGGGAUGCACUAUGUGACAUACUAUCAGCUCUAGGCGAUUAUUAUUAUGAUGCCAGAGGCGAAGAGCCAACAAACGAUACCAUUUUACAUCGUGCCGUGCAUUAUUUAUUCAAAACAGCACCGAAAAUAUCAACCGUUCACAUUGCAUACGGCGAUCAAGAUUUGGACACGGCUAGAGUCUUUAACAAACCAAAUCAUUCCAAUGAAAAUGUCACCGCAGCCAUUGAUCCGUACGUAUUGGCAAUGAUGCAAGCCACAGCUCAAGAAAAUACCAAAUGAUAAUACAUAAUUAGCGCUUAGAAGCAAAAUCUCAAUAGUAAUUUGAUAAGGUUUCAAUACAACUCGAUAAAUUAAGAUUUUUUAAGAUGAAUAAAAGUCUGAUUAUUAAAAUAAAGAGCGAAGUGAGGAAUAAAUAAAGCCCAUUUUUCUGAAAAGCUAAAAGCAAAUCGAAAAAGAAAUUGAAAUUACAUUAUAUUAUACGUUAUAAAAAAAAAAUCUCAGAAUAUAUUUUGUUGUCAUUUUUAUAAA